GAUAUUGAGUAUGAUUUAUAGUAGACACGGGAGAUAUAGUACAUUACUUGCUCAAUGGUCAAUUGUAAACGGUUUAUUAAUACAAUAUUUCAUGCCAUUAUUAUCUGCUCACUUUUUCAAUUCUCUGUCAUUAGUAGUAUUUAUUAUUUAAUUUUUAGUCAUUCUCAUGAAACUAUUCUCUUUAAUGAGUGUGAAAACAAACAAAACAUGGUAGGCGUGGAAACAAAUCAUAUACUCCCAAUCCCAAUCCUUCAAUCAGAUUUCUUAACGGAUUUAGUUUCUUUCAUCCACACGUAAGUAUUUCUCUCUCAUCACGUCACAUGCAUUAUUUUUUCUGUUUCUAAUCUUCCACUAAUACUCUCUUAACUUCUUUUCUCUUUGUUUCUGAUCAUGAGAAAAAGAUAAAUCUCUGCGAUGAUCACAAAACACUCGCUUCUAAUCCUUUUAUUAUCGCUAAUCUUUCUUCCAAUAAUCAAAUGUCAAGUUAAUUAUCGUCCGUGCCAGCAAUCAUGUGGUUCAUCAAAACCCUUCCCUUACCCAUUCGGAUUCUCUUCCGGUUGCGAAAUUCGUCUAAACUGCACCGUCCACGGCGAAAUCUUCAUCGGAGAAUUUCCAGUUCAAUCGGUAGACUCAAACAGUAUAAUACUUAAAAUCGAAUCGCAAUGUAAUCGUCGAUUUGAAACCUUUCAUCAACUCUUCAGUCACAAAUACGCACCUACUUCGGGAAACGUGAUUAUGUUACAGAAUUGUACGGAAAAUCAAUCGCCUUGUACGAUACCCGAGCCUCUGCUUCCUAGUCUAUCCAAAUCUGAAUCUGACGGUUGCCACAACAACAACAACGUCUCUGGCGGCGGCGGCAGCAGCGUUAGCGGGGGAUUGAAAUUGAGUUGUUACAUUGAAAAUAAUACAAGAGGUUUCGUGAAUGAGACAAAAUUGGAGCAGAACGGGUGUAAGUACUUUACGUCGUCGAUUUCAUUGGAAAGAUUGAGAAACCGUUCAGAUUCGGCGGUUUCUUUGGAUAUAGCUACGAUUGAGCUUGGAUGGUGGCUUCAAGGAGAUCGGUGUCUUUGUUCUGAUCAUGCUAAUUGUACUCAAAUCGAGUCACCGAUUGAUGGAAAGCCUGGAUUUCGGUGUCGUUGUAAUGAAGGAUUCGCCGGCGAUGGAUUUUUGGCCGGAAAUGGCUGCCGGAAAACCUCAUCAACAUGCAACCCAGCAAAGUACAUGUCCGGAAGAUGUGGAGGACAUGCAAGACUCAUUAUCUUAAUUGGAGGAUUUAUUUUUGGUGUAUCACUGAUGGUUGCUCUGGGUUCAAUAUGCUGUUACUUUCGCCGACGCACCAAAUUGAGAGUCACAAAGAGCACAAAAAGACGCUUCACUGAAACUACUAACAAUUACAGUGUUCCUAUCUAUCCCUACAAAGACAUAGAAAAAGCUACAAAUAAUUUUUCAGAGAAACAAAGAUUGGGAACAGGAGCAUAUGGUACAGUUUAUUCAGGAAAACUUUACAAUGAUGAAUAUGUCGCCAUCAAAAGAAUAAAACACAGAGACAAUGAAAGCAUUGAACAAGUCAUGAAUGAGAUCAAACUCAUUUCCUCUGUUAGGCACCCCAAUUUAGUGCGCUUGUUGGGCUGUUCAAUUGAAUAUGGAGAGCAAAUAUUAGUGUAUGAGUUCAUGCCCAACGGAACACUAAAUCAGCAUUUACAAAGAGAGAAAGGGAGUGGACUUUCAUGGCCUUUUAGAGUCAAAAUUGCAACAGAAACAGCACAAGCAAUAGCUCAUCUUCAUUCAGCAAUUAAUCCACCUAUUUACCAUAGAGAUAUCAAAUCAAGCAACAUACUUUUGGACCAAAAUUUUGGAUCCAAAGUAGCAGAUUUUGGGCUUUCUAGACUUGGAAUAACUGAAAUAUCUCAUGUUUCUCAUGUUUCAACUGCCCCACAAGGAACACCUGGCUAUGUUGACCCACAAUACCAUCAAGACUUUCACCUUUCUGAUAAAAGUGAUGUAUAUAGCUUUGGAGUUGUUCUCGUUGAGAUCAUAACAGGACUAAAAGUAGUUGAUUUUUCUCGUCCUCAUAAUGAAGUGAAUUUGGCUUCUCUUGCUGUUGAUAGGAUCAGAAAAGGGCUUUUAAAAGAUAUUAUAGACCCAAUUGUGUUUCUUGAGCCCGAAGCAACCAAUGAUGGGUGGACACUUUCUUCCAUACACAAGGUAGCUGAGUUGGCAUUCAGAUGUCUUGCAUUUCACAGGGAUAUGAGACCUUGUAUGACAGAAGUGGCAACUGAGUUAGAGCAGCUAAGUUUGAAUAAGUGGGACUCUUUUGGAGAAAACAGUUCUAUUAUAGAUCACUUCUCUUCUUGUUCUUCUUCUUCUUCUAGUGAAAAUGAGAAACCAUUGAGCAGCAACACUACAUUGAAGGAUGUUGAGCCUAAGGGUAAAUGUCAUCUUAAGCUGGAGACUGUGCCUGUUUCUUUUAAGUCAGUUGAUAGGCUCAAUAGUAACUCACCCGUUUCGGUGCAAGAUCCACACAUAUGGUUUAGUGAGCAAAGCUCUCCUUCGUCAAAUAGUUUCCCCAGUAAGUCAUUUGAUCAUGGAUCUGUUUCAUAUGGUCGAGAAGCUAGUUUGUAGUUUAUUGUAAUUGCUUAUAAGCUUGUUUGAUUGAAUGAGAUAUUUGGUAAACAAGCUUAUCUCACUAUAUUAUAGCUUUUAUGAUAAUAUAACAUUAAACAAUGUUUGAAUUUUUAGAACUUGUAGCUUUAAAAAUUAAGCUUAAUUUCA